CGUGCUGUCAAUCCCGCCAGAUCGUUGCACUGUGUUGGUGUACCGAUUUGUUGUUUUGCAAUACAUUUUCACCCGUGGUUCGCAGCUGGCCGACGAUUUUUGUGGCCAAAAUUAGUUUCUUUGCAGCUUGCAGCUUGUCGGUGACCGAGUGCAGAUUAGGGUUGUUGGUGGGCGCGCCCGCACAAACACCCUCACACUAACAGGACGGAGGGCCACUGUUCACCUUCCUUGGUGCCACACCACCGUCGCAGCAACCGAGCGACAAAGGGAGGCUCGAGAGGUUUUCCGCGGCCCCUCUCUACUGGCGUCAUCGAACUAACGGGGGGCGGCCAGCACGAAAAAACGGCCGACAUUUGCAUUACGCAGUUUGGUAGAGUUAAUAAUCCAUUGCCCGGCAUCGUGCUCUCUCGUCCGGGUGUCGUUUCGGCAGAGGAUGUGUGCUAGUCGCUGCUAGACCACUAAGAGCUAAGUGACCCAGAUCGAUACGGUCGGUGCAUCCAAUCCCUCCGUUGCACUCGUCUACUAUCUCGCUUCUUGCUAUAGUGUUUGUGUGUGUGUGUGCGGGUGUUUGCGCGAAACACACCGACGCGGGGAGCUCGCUCGGAUUCCCCUGGGUGGGCAGGAGGACAUGGAGGACGAGUUAGAAGAUAAGAUACUGUACCAAACGCUGUCCAAGUCGCACAUGAAGCUGCUCUCGAAGUUCGCCGUCGGCGUCACGCCGCUCAACAGCUCGCUCAGCUACGUCUGGAAAGUGAUGCGGGUGUACCUGCUGAAGCCGGAGGUGCUGAUCGCCGGCCUGCUAAUCUGUCUGUUCGUCCUGUACCUGCAAGCAGCGGAGGUAUGGAGCCGCGGGUUCAUCGGGCGCAUCAGCAACUCGCUCGGGCUCGGGAAGGCGGGCGGCCGGUCCGGCAAGCUGUCCAUGCUGGCAUCGGCCGCGGAGAAGCACAGCUGGGACGAGCGGACGACCGGCAGUGCGGUGUACGCGGUCCAAGGCCGCCGGGCCAAGAUGGAGGACAGAUUUGUGAUAAGUGAAAACAUCAACAGCAGCGGCAUUUCCCUGUUUGCCAUCUUCGACGGGCACGGCGGCGAGUACGCGGCCGAGUACGCGAAAACCGUGCUGAUAAAGAACAUCCACCAGAAGCUGAUGCAAUCGUCGGCCAUUGCGGACGGGAAGGAGCUGCCUGGCAGCCCGAACGCAGCCGUCUGUGCGGAGGACGACCGGAAGCAGAAGGAGGAGGAGAAGGAGGAGAAGGUGGACGACAAGCAGGAACAGGUAGUAAACGAACGGUACAAGGUGAACGCGCACAAUGGAAAUAGUGACCCGUCGGGUGCGGUCCAGCGGCGACAGAGCUUUCGCAAAUCCAAGACCGAGGACACGGUCGGAACGGGCAACAAUGGUGCAGCGAACGGUGGUGGUGGUGGUGGUGGAGGAGCAGCAGCCAACAACAAUCAGAUGCUGGAGAACGAUUUGCUGAGCAAGUACAUGGGCAAUCAGUCGCCGGCCCGGCAGCAGGUGAAGAAGAACCUGCUGAACGGGACGUCGGGCGGUGGUGAGUCCGUGCCGACCAAGCCGAAAACGUACGAUGCCCGCUGCUACGUGCAGAAUGGCAGUAUCAACUUUGGCAAGAUCAUUACCGACGAGGUGCUGGCGGCCGAUUACGAUCUGGUGGAGGCGGCGAAGAAAAUGUCGGACUUUGCCGGUACGACCGCGCUGAUUGCCGUCAUACACCGCACCAAGCUGAUAGUGGCCAAUGUGGGCGAUUCGCGCGGCGUCAUGUGCGACUUCAAGGGUAACGCGAUCCCGCUGUCGUUCGACCACAAGCCGCAACAGGUGCGGGAGCAGAAGCGCAUCGCCGACGCCGGCGGUUUCAUCGCGUUCAAGGGCGUGUGGCGGGUGGCGGGCAUACUGGCGACGUCCCGCGCCCUCGGCGACUAUCCGCUGAAGGAGAAAAACCUGGUCAUUGCCAACCCGGACGUGCUUUCCUUCGAUCUAGUCGACCACCGACCACAAUUUCUCAUUCUGGCCUCGGAUGGGCUGUGGGAUACGUUCACCAACGAGGAGGCGGUUGCGUACGUGCGCGAACGGUUGGACGAGCCGCACUUUGGCGCGAAAAGCAUCGCGCUGCAAUCGUACAGCCGUGGCUCGGUCGAUAACAUUACGGUGCUGGUGAUUGUGCUGAAGAACGGUCGGUACGAGAUCGGUUCCUCGAGCAACUGAACGGCCCGCUGGCUCGUUGGACAUUUCGAUGGGAAUCGUUUCUAUUGCGAAACAGCGAUCACCGCAAUGGUGAUCGUUCAUCAACUACCUAAUUGGCUGCUUUUUCUUCAUCUGUUAACCUUUCGUUUAUUGAUUACGCUUGUUUUUUUUGCUGACUUUUAUUGUUAGAUUUCCCACACUGAUCGCGAAAAGGAGGCAGCUACCUCCGUUUUAUCGUUAACGUUCGUUUUAUGUUUAAAGAUCUCUAUGUUAUAACGCUUUGUUUUAAAACUGAUCGCAGCUCUACACUUUUAAUUCUCUUUUUCACAAAAGGCAUGCUACCCCACUCGAUGAUCACUAGUGUAAUGCAAGCUAGUAGCUCAAUGCUAAUUGCUUGAUCUAACUACUACUACUACUUCACCUUAUCUAGUGCUGCUCCGCCCAAAGAAAACGACUGGUACCAAACUGGGUUUUGCUGAAUCACAGCGAACCGAUUAGGGAAGGCGAGCGAGUGGAAAAUACGUCGCGUGUAGGUUUAUUUUGUUUGAUUACGCUACGUAUUCGCUGUAAGGUUUGCUUUCUACUUUAAUAGAUUAGACAGUGAGGGAGGGGCGGGCAGCAGAGAAGCUGAACGGAACGGGAAUUCGAUCUAAACAAAUCGAGCCGUAGUUAGUAGUACACAAUUGCAAUGGCAAUCCUCAAUUUACCAGCACCAUGUUUGUGUGUGUGAGUGAGUGUGAUUUGUUGUUUUCUUUGCCACUUUGUGCAGUUUAUUGAGGGCAUUUUUAAUAAUAUUUGUUCAACCAGAUACGUAAAAGGGACGCUAGUAGAAGAUUUAAUUGGAAAUGCACUUCUCGUACUGCAAAAAAAAAAAACAAAAAGAUUUCGAGAUAGAAGGUAGAGCGAAAGAGUGAGCACGAGCGAAAGAUUUCGAAACCGAUUUUACUUAUUUUAAUGGCGCUCGAUUUUCGGUACAAAUUUAUAUUACUGACCCACAGACACACAUCACACGCAGGUGGAGGUGGACAAAAUCGCUAUACAAAUUACACGUUUGCUCACCAAAAGGGUAGGAACAAUUGGAACAAAUUAAUCUAAUACCAGAGAGUAGUUUUAGCGGGUAGCGAACAAACAGAGAGAAUGAGAGCGGAAUCUUGCUUGAUUUGUCCGAAGGGAAAUGUUACUCGAGCUUAUGCAUUCGGAUUUGGGAAUCGAUUCUUAUGAGACUUUUAGAAAAGGGAAGCGUAGGUCACAAGCCGGUGCUGAAAUAGCAGCAAAAAACCAGUUGGAACAGUAUCCGUUUCCGCUAGUUGGUGCCAAACGACGAGGGCAACAUGGACUAAACCAAGUAUCCUUAUUGAAGAUAUCUAACAACCGAUUGGGCAUCAAUCGUAGGUGCUAAAUUAAUAAUUUAAAAGUAAUUGUUAGGCAGCAAGUAAGCUUACGAUGCUUAACAGCAAUUGAAUUGAACGGGAAUGUCUGUGUCCCGGAGACCAACCUACGCAAAGGCGAACGCACGAACGAACGAACUCUCACAGUGAUGGUGGAGGGUGUAAACCUCCAUUGGCGUGAAGCAUCUCCCGUGUUGGUGUCGUGCAUAGUCCUGUGACUGUGCUGCACCCCUUUUUUCUCGAUCUUCUACUCACAAUCAUUAAGUCUACUUCCCUAACUUGCCUUAACCGCUCCACUAUUAGAUGAAGGAUAGACAACAAAAAAACAACAAAACUAUAGUAAAAUAGAGUAGAGUAUAAAGUUUUCGAUAAUAUGGGGGGGGAGGAACACUCACACUCCCUUCACAGAGCAGAGAACAAAACGCUCUACCGGAGCAUUCUUUCGCUGGGUUUUGUAAUUGUACAUAUCACGCGGAGAGGGUGAGCGCCGGAAUGAAUAUUGAAUCUUUUUUUUUAUUUCUGAAUAAAACCGUCACAAUAUAAAAUCCUUUCACAAAAAGGCUUACAAAAACUAAAA